UUUAUUCAAAAAACUACUACUUCCCAACUGACCCCGCGUUUUCUUUUCUCUCUCUCACGAAAUACAGAAAAUUGCAAAAGUCUUUGCCGUGCCAUGUCCUCUACCUCCUCCACCACCUCCGGCAACCACUAUUAGCGGCGGCGCAACCCAUUUCACUUCGCCAUGGGUAACUGUAACGCUUGCAUAAGACCAGAAGAAGCUUCAAAAACCGAUCCUCAAACUAAACCAAAGAAGCCCAGAGAACGUAGACCCAAUCCGUAUUCCGGGUCACCCGCACCGAUCCGAGUACUCAAAGACUUCAUCCCUAAAACCCGCAUAUCUGACAAAUACAUCUUAGGACGAGAACUGGGUCGGGGCGAAUUUGGAGUGACAUACCUUUGCACCGACCGGGAGACCCGAGAAGCCCUUGCGUGCAAAUCUAUUUCAAAGAAGAAGCUCCGAACAGCGGUUGAUAUCGAAGAUGUGAGAAGAGAAGUUGCUAUUAUGUCAAGCCUUCCGGAUCACCCAAAUAUUGUGAAGUUGAGAGCUACUUAUGAAGAUAAUGAAGCUGUUCAUCUUGUUAUGGAAUUAUGUGAAGGUGGGGAGUUAUUUGAUAGAAUUGUAGCUAGAGGGCAUUACAGUGAAAGAGCUGCAGCUGGGGUUGCCAGAACUGUAGCAGAAGUUGUAAGGAUGUGUCAUGCUAAUGGGGUCAUGCAUAGAGACUUGAAACCUGAGAAUUUUCUGUUUGCUAAUAAGAAAGAGCAUUCUGCUCUUAAGGCCAUCGAUUUUGGCCUAUCUGUCUUUUUCAAGCCUGGUGAAAGAUUCUCUGAGAUUGUGGGAAGUCCAUACUACAUGGCACCAGAGGUGUUGAAGCGGAAUUAUGGACCAGAAGUUGAUAUUUGGAGUGCUGGUGUCAUCCUUUAUAUUUUGUUAUGUGGGGUUCCUCCAUUUUGGGCUGAAACUGAACAAGGAGUUGCUCUUUCAAUUUUAAGGGGAGUGAUAGAUUUUAAGAGGGAACCAUGGCCUCAAGUCUCUGAAAAGGCAAAAAGUCUUGUCAGACAGAUGCUGGAACCUGACCCCAAGAAGCGGUUGACAGCCCAACAGGUCCUUGAUCACCCCUGGAUUCAAAAUGCCAAAAAGGCUUCAAAUGUUCCACUGGGAGAUAUUGUUAGGACAAGACUGAAGCAAUUUUCUAUCAUGAAUAGAUUCAAAAAGAAAGCAUUGCGGGUCAUUGCUGAACACUUGAAACUUGAAGAGAUUGAAGUAAUUAGAGAGAUGUUUGCGCUGAUGGACUCUGAUGGUGAUGGGAAAAUAACAUAUGAUGAAUUAAAGGCUGGACUUAGAAAAGUUGGUUCCCAGUUGGCAGAAGCAGAGAUGAAGUUGCUGAUGGAUGUGGCUGAUGUUGAUGGAAACGGUGUCCUGGACUAUGGGGAGUUUGUAGCAGUUAUAAUCCACUUACAGAGAAUGGAAAAUGAUGAGCAUUUUCGUAGAGCAUUCAUGUUCUUUGACAAGGAUGGAAGUGGUUAUAUUGAGCUAGAUGAGCUACGAGAAGCUUUAGCAGACGAGUCAGGAGCAUGCGACACUGAUGUAGUGAAUGAGAUCAUGCGCGAAGUUGAUACCGACAAGGAUGGGCAAAUCAGUUACGAGGAGUUUGUAGGAAUGAUGAAGGCAGGAACUGAUUGGAGAAAGGCAUCUCGACAAUACUCAAGAGAAAGAUUCAAAAGCUUAAGUGUUAAUCUAAUGAAGGAUGGGUCUCUCCAGCUUCAGGAUGUACUCAGUGGCCAAACAGUCAUUGUUUAAGUUAAUAAAAGGCUUUCUUUUACUAUUCUGAUGAUUUCCUUUGGUUGUUUUAAUGGGUUCCAUAGCAAAAUCUGAUCAUCGAUAUUCCAAUUCUUGAUAAAUAUCGAUAUUCAGAAGAUCAGAUCUUUGAGAAUGCGACUGGGAGUAAUAUGUAGGUAUGAUUGGGCUGUACUGCUGGGAUUUUUUUUUUUUGGAUAUAGGGGAAAAUGAGCUUGAGUGGAUGACAUGUAGAUUAAUUGCUUUGUUUUAAGGCUUUUGUAGGUUUGUUUAUAGAAGUUUUACUACAUAUUUGUCUCACUUUUGUAUAUGGUGUUGCAAACUUACAAUUGUUUUAAGUGAAGCUUUGUAUUUAUGAUGA